CCAUCACGCGCCGCACCACGCGUCUCAGCGCGCGCGCCCGCGCACACACGGGAUCCGAUAUAUUUCUCGCGCCAAGAAGCCUCGAGCUCUUUAGCUUCAGGCCUCUCUCUUCUCUUCCUCGUCACCGUCGUGGUCGUGUUUCGCUAAGGCGAGGUCGGUCGAUCGGAUGGCUCGCGCUGCCGCCAUUGCUGCGCUCGCGUUGGUUUUGUUUCUGGGUGGGGGUGGGAGUGGGGGUGGGGACGGCGUCGACGCGGCGGCCUCGCUGUCGCAGGGGCAGUCGCUGCGCGGGAACGAGACGCUGCUGUCGGCGAGCGGCGCGUUCAAGGUGGGGUUCUUCAAGCCGGCCGGCGGCGACCACGGGAGGGUGUACCUCGGGGUGAUGUACGCGCAGGCGAGGGAGCAGACCGUGAUGUGGGUGGCCAACCGCGACGCGCCCGUGAGCGCAGCCUCGGCGUACUCCGCCACCCUGACGGCCUCCGGCGAGCUGCGGGUGAUGGAGGGUGACCGCGUCGCGUGGCGGACGAACAGUAGCGGGGGCCUGGCCAACCACACGCUGACCAUCGGCGACGACGGGGACCUCGUGAUCGCCGGCAGCGACGGCGCCGGCAAGGAGCAGGUGUGGCGGAGCUUCGACCACCCGACGGACACCUUCGUCCCAGGCAUGGAGAUCGCGCUCCGCCAGAGCAACGGGUCCUCCAUCAGCCGCACGCUGUACACGUCGUGGAGGAGCGACGGCGACCCGGCCACCGGCGACUUCACGCUCGGGCUUGACUCGUCGGCGCAGCUCUACAUCUGGCGCAGCCAGGACGGCAAGAACUCCACCUACUGGAGGUCGGGGCAGUGGACGAACACCAACUUCGUCGGCAUACCGUGGAGGUCGCUCUACGUCUACGGGUUCAAAUUCAUCGGCGACCCGCUGCUCGGCGGCGACAUGUUCUUGACGUUCGUCCCGUUCAACUCGUCUCUCUACCGCUUCGUGCUCCGGCCAGACGGCGUCGAGACGUGCUACAUGCUCCUCGACUCCGGCGACUGGGAGGUCGUCUGGUCGCAGCCGACCAUCCCCUGCCACAUGUACAACAAGUGCGGCGCCAACGCCGAGUGCGCCGCCGCCGACGACGGCCAGCCCAUCUGCACCUGCUUGAAAGGUUUCACGCCUAAAUCGGAGGCUGAGUACAACAGCGGGAACUGGACGCAGGGGUGCGUGAGGAGCGCCCCGCUGACGUGCAGCGGCGGCGGGAACGUGACCGGCGGCGACGGGUUCGCCGUCGUGCAGGGCGUGAAGCUGCCGGACUUCGCCGUGUGGGGGUCGGUGGCCGGCGACGCCAACGCGUGCAAGAAGCUGUGCCUGGACAACUGCUCGUGCGGCGCGUACAGCUACAGCAUCAACAGCUGCCUCACCUGGGGGCAGGAGCUGGUGGACGUCUACCAUUUCCCCAGCAGCAGCGGGGUGCUCUACGAACUCUACGUCAAGGUCCCGUCUUCUCUGUUAGUUACAAGCUCCAAAAGUGGGCGAUGGACAACAGUUAUCGUCGUAGUCGUCGUCGUUGUGGCGAUUGCAUUAGUGGCAUGCGUCCUUCUGAUGUGGAAAUGCAGGAGACGAAUCAAAGAGAAGCUCUGCAUUGGCAGGAAAAAGAUAGACUUGCCAUUGCUGCGUCCUGGCAGGGAUGCGAACAAGGAUUUCUCAGGGCCAGCCCAAUCCGAACACGAGAAACCCGACGAUGGCAAGAACUGCGAGCUGCCGCUGUUCGCGUUCGAGGCCCUAGCGACGGCCACCGACAACUUCAGCAGCUCGAACAAGCUCGGAGAGGGAGGCUUCGGCCAUGUCUACAAGGGAAGGCUUCCUGGGGGAGAAGAGAUCGCGGUGAAGAGGCUGUCCCGGAGCUCCGGGCAGGGGCUGGAGGAGUUCAAGAACGAGGUGAUCCUGAUCGCGAAGCUGCAGCACCGCAACCUGGUGAGGCUGCUGGGUUGCUGCAUCCAGGGCGAGGAGAAGAUCCUGGUGUACGAGUACAUGCCCAACAAGAGCCUCGACGCCUUCCUCUUCGAUCCGGAGAGGAGAGGGCUCCUAGACUGGAGGACGAGGUUCCAGAUCAUCGAAGGGGUGGCGCGGGGGCUCCUCUACCUCCACCGCGACUCGAGGCUCCGCGUGGUGCACCGCGACCUCAAGGCCAGCAACAUCCUCCUGGACCACGACAUGAACCCCAAGAUCUCCGACUUCGGCAUGGCCAGGAUCUUCGGCGGCGACCAGAACCAGGUCAACACCAACCGCGUCGUCGGCACGCUGGGUUACAUGUCGCCGGAGUACGCCAUGGAGGGGCUGUUCUCGGUGAGGUCGGACGUGUACAGCUUCGGCAUCCUCAUCCUGGAGAUCAUCACCGGGCAGAAGAACAGCAGCUUCCACCACAUGGAGGGCUCCCUCAACAUCGUCGGCUACGCGUGGCAGCUGUGGAACGGGGACAGAGGGGAGCAGCUGAUCGACCCGGCGAUCCGGGGGGCGUGCCCGGCGAAGGAGGCGCUCCGGUGCAUCCACAUGGCGCUGCUGUGCGUGCAGGACCACGCGCACGACCGGCCGGACGUCCCCUACGUGGUGCUCACGCUCGGCAGCGACGCCUCCGUGCUGCCCAUGCCGCGGCCGCCGACGUUCACGCUGCAGUGCACGUCGUCGUCGUCGGGGAGGGACAUGUACUGCUGCCGGGACAAGGAGGAUGGCUCCCACUCCUCCAACGACCUCACCGUCACCAUGCUCCAGGGCAGGUAGUGCGUACGCCGGAUCGACGACCGAAGCCCUUUCGGCUGUACAAAACUGUACAUAUACACACGACACGACACGAUCGAGGUCGAGGGAGAUGCAUGCGUGCGUGCGUGCGUGUUCAUGUGUUUGGGUGGAUUGAUUUAACAGCUGGGGUGGUGGAGAUCGGAUUUUCUUCGAUUGCUUUCUCUGUACAUGGCGCAAUUUUUUGCUACCGCCAGUUUCAUCGAUUGGCUCAAGGUUUGUUUAGUAAGUGGAUCAUUACUAGCUGCAAAUGUGUCAUGUGUGGCAGUGUGGGAUAUCUGCAAAUCAGUGGGCUGCUUUGUGGAGGAAUGGCCUGAUUAAGAUUCGGGCCCAGCAGCACGCGUUACUUCCCUAGGCCAUAUUUUGUAACAGGC